AUGUAUGAAAGUAUUCAAAGAGAGGAGUUGUUUGCUAUUUGUUCAAUUUUCCCGGAUUUGAUAACUUCCGUCCAUGGGAUCAAGAAAUUGCAGAUACCUGUUAAUUCGGUCCGCGAUCUCGAUAAAGCAAAUUUUCCUGUACAAGUCAGUUUAAAGAUCAGUUCAAUCAUACGUCCAAGUGGCUUAAGGAAAGUAGUGAUCAUCCGCUUGUCUUGCAGUCCUACAUAUCCAGAAACAAUUCUCAACUUUCGUAUCAAAGGAGACAAACGAGUCACUAAAACACAAAUAAGUGCUCUUCACGAUAUUCUUCAGCAAUUGGUUGAAACAAUGAGAGGCCAGAUAUGCAUGAAAGAGCUGAUUGAGGCUACUCACGACUUCCUAAAGUCAUUGUCGACAACCGUCAUUGAUUCUCAAACACUAAGAAAUGAACAAGAUCUCAAUUUAAGAAGUGAUGAUAAUCUAGUACCUAAGUUAAGAAUGACAAAAAAAGAGAUUGAACAUAUUGAUGAGGCUAUCCAGUGGCGCUUAUCAUUAAAUGAUUCAGAAGUUCAAAGAAAAAGAGAAGAAUAUCAGCUAUCUGAGGUUUUUUGUCAAUCAGAAGCUCAUAGAUCUGAUACUCAAACAUUAUCGGUGCAUUUAGAUUCUCAUAUUCAACAACCGUCCUAUCCAGACGUGACUGAAGGAUGUCCACUGAACAGACAUAUGUCAAUUUGCUCUCUGAAAAUGUUAUGCAUAGAAAACUGUAAAAAACUGAAAAAAUACACGAAUGUUGAACAGUAUAAAUUAGCUCACAAAUCACUCGAAUCCAUUUUCAUCGAGGUUCAGAGAGGAUGUUGUGCUGAUGGACCUCAUGAUCGAUCCAAUGUUCUCAGUACAGAUAUUUUCCCGUGUGUUUGCUAUUUCGAUGGAUUGGAUGUAAAAACUGGUGCUUCAAUUCAGUUGCAUGAAUGGAUUUUUCACAUCAAUAGUGCCUACUCAACUAACAAUAACUUUCUGGAUAAUUUCCUUACUCAGGUAGCCUAUUUUGCCCGACAAGAUAAGCAUCCAAAUCUGUGUAGAAUCUUAGGUGUUGAAUGUACCAGAAAUUUACCUGCUUGUGGUAUUGAUAUUAGUGCCUAUAAUCAGAACAUGGAGAAAUUAUGGGAGAACUGGGAUGUUGUUCGUUUGAUUACCGAACGUCCAAAAGGCUCAAGUUUGGAAUCUGUCGGAGCUGGAGUACUUCCAUUCGCUAAUGAAAAACUUGAUCCUAACUUACUCUACGUUUCUCUUCCUAAAGUUCUUGAAAUCGAUGAUAAUAAAUUGAUAUGGUUACGUUAUAUAAUAGAUCAAAUCGUUAGUGCUGUUUCUUGGCUUCAUACCUAUUCAUUUGUGCACAGAAAUUUACAUCCAUCGAAUAUAUUUGUGGACAAAUCAGGUCACGUCACACUAUGCAGAUAUGAAUUUUUUGCAAGACUUGAUCAAGUCGUUUCCGAAAAUCUAAAACAACUAGGUGUUCAGUUACCACCAAAAGUAUAUCAAAAUUCUGUUCACUACUUUGGACGUUCGGUACAACAAAGAGAUCUUCAUCAACUCGGUCUUGUUAUACUUCAUAUUCUUAUUGGUCCAUUACCUCAUACUAAUUCAAGUCAACUAAAUUUAAUAAUAUCUAAAGUGUUGGACAGUCUAAAAUCAACUCAACCGAUAUUUCGAGACUUUUUACAAACAUGUUUAUCUACUCAUCAUAAUGAUCAUGCAUCUAUGAUUAAUUCUCUAAUGUCACAUCAAUUCUUGCAUGACUCUAUUCCAUGUAAUUUCUUGUCCACCAAAUCGACCAAAACAGAAGGGAUUUCAAGUGCAAUGACUAGAACACCAGGGCAGAUCAGUACUUUAAACAAUCCAGAUGUGCAAACUGUUGAAGGGAAUGUAACUCCUAAAUGCCCUCGAUUGUUUGAAGAUUUUACUGAUUUUGUUCUAAUUGGAAAAGGUGGUUUUGGUUGUGUACUGAAGGCUCGGAAUAUUAUUGAAGACCGUGAUUAUGCUAUCAAAUGUGUAAGAGCAUCUAGAAGUCAAACAAAUACAUUAUUUCGUGAAAUUCGUACUCUUUCGGGUUUACAACAUGAAAAUAUAGUUAGAUAUUUCACAUCCUGGCAAGAUACAUUCACUGAACCACUUCCUCAUAAAAAUAUGCCAUGCUCUGAUUGGAAUAAAAAAUGGGAUGAUUCGAAAUGUCGUAACGGUAAAAGCACUUCUUUUUGUUCGGAAGAUAAUAAAGAAGAAGAUAGUACUAAUCAUCAUAUGUACAGAAACCCAGUGACACACAAAUCCCCAAAACCCUGUACAACUCCCACACAUAUUAACGCUACACUUGACGAGCUAACUGAACUUGUUACAAAUGGUAUUAAUUUCGAUAAUUGUAUACUUAAGAAUUCUUCCGAUCAUUUAAAUGAUGAAUCUUGGUAUAUAGGAACAAAAAAAUCAACAAACGUAGUUCGUAAUAAUUUUUUUCGAGUUCCUGGAGAAAGUAGCGAUGAGACCGAGCAUAUAAAUGAUUUUUCAUCUUCACUCACAUCACUAUCAUGUUCAUGUGCAUCUUCGGAACUUUCUGAUUCAUCUACUGAGUUUGCAGAUACUUAUGUUAAUCAUCAAAAAACAAGUGAUACGUUCGUGAAUAAAAAUGCUUCUAAUGUUGACGAUGAUUCACAGGACAAUAAGAUUGAGAAGUCUGUACGAGAAUAUCGAUAUAUUAUCAUUCAAAUGGAAUUAUGUCCAUCCAAAUCAUUGAGAUAUGUGAUUGACUUUGAAAAUUUAUCAUGCAGUCCAGAUAGAGCAUGGAGUUUGUUUCGUGAAUUGACAGAUGGAUUGGCAUACAUUCAUUCAAAAGGUGUUAUUCAUAGAGAUUUGAAACCAGCCAAUAUUAUGUUAGAUUCUAAUGAUCAUGUGAAAAUUGUAGAUUUCGGCUUGGCCACACGGACUGUACAGGAAAAACUAAUGAAUGCACGCCAAGCUGUUGCAGCUGAAUUUCAUAAAUGUAAUAAACAGACAGAAUGCUUAGAUUCUAUACAACAGUUUUCACCAGUUGCACAUGAAGAUAUACCGAAUUCUACAGGCCAGAAUGAAAAUGCUGCGAAGUUCUACGAUCAUUCCAUGACUCACAACGUUGGCACCUUCUUAUAUAUAAGUCCUGAAGUUUUACUUUUGGAUUCUCAAAAAAAUCGUGUUUAUGAUGAGCGGGUUGAUAUCUACAGUUUGGGAGUAAUUCUUUUUGAAAUGUUUUAUCGUGCUAUGCCAACGGCAAUGGAACGUGUUUUAAUUCUUACUGAAUUAAGGAAAGAAAAGAUUAUCUUUCCAAAAGAUUGGUCUCAAGAUGAACUUGUCAAUCAAACCUGGUUAAUUCGUACUAUGCUUCAACAUGAUCCAUCUAAAAGGCCAAGUGCUUCUGACCUACUAACUUCUUCACGUGUCCCACCAUUCAAGUCGACUGAAGCAGCAUUUAAAAAGCAACUUAUUGAAAUUUGUAAAACUCCCGAUAGCAAUUUAUAUCGUUUUGUUACUCAUACACUUUUUUCUCAAGCUUGUUCAGGAGCAUCAGAUUUACUAUAUGAUUGCAACACAUGGAUAACAUCAAUUCAACAAGAUAUCAAUCAAAAUGAUGGAAGUGUUUUAUCACAAUUAUUGAAUAAAGAUUGUUUUAUGCAAGAAGAUCCAAAUCGUGUAUUAUAUAAUUUUUUUAAAACACGCAGAUUUAUUACACAUGUUGUGGAGACUUCAUUCAUCGCACAUGGUGGUGUUCUGUUGGAAUCGCCUACACUUGUUCCAGUGAUUCACAGACCUUAUCAAACAUCAUGGUUUAGCCAGUCAAAACAGGAUAACAGUGAUAUGUUUGAUGUGAAUGAUAAUCAAGAUACUGAGUAUUGGGAUCGUUUAUCAGCGGCUCCUGUCUUGCUGGAUGAAAACGGUCUACCUGUUCGUUUGCCUGAUUCUUUACAUAUACCAUUUGCGCGCUAUCUGGCUCGAUCGGGAUCAAUUUUGCUUGAAAAUAGAAAUGAAUCGGAUCCACUGAAGCGAUAUGAAUUUGGACGAACUUACCACAGUUCUUCAGUUUCAAAUUCUAGCGGACCCCAUAUGUUAUUUGGUUGUCCGAUAGAAGUUAAUCGAGCAACGUUUGAUAUUGUUUCGCUAGAAAACAGCACUUACUGGGCUGUGGAAUUGUUUAUCAUCUUACGUGAAGUGACAAGUAAACUCUUUCGCUCCAAAGAAGUAACAUUUUUCCUGUAUGUAAAUCAUACCAACCUGAUCAAAGCAUUAUUUAAACUAUCUGGAAUUCAAUCUGGAUCUCGUGCAACUGUUUGGCGUCAUUUAUCGGAAGCAAAUGCUGAUCCAAAACCUGUUAAUCCAUCUACAUAUUCAUCUUUUUUUACUUCAUUGAAUUGCCCUACCACAUAUUCUGCAACAACACCUUACUCUUCUUCAUCUUCUAAUUAUUCAUCAUCGGUAUCAUCAAGAUUGAAUGAACCGACACGUUCGCUCAUUUUACCUGAAUAUUUAACAAGUAAACCCCGUGGACAUGCACAAAAGCGUUUUAUGAAAAUAAUUCGUCUGGAAUCUUCACACAUUUACCAUAUACGUGAAGUAUUUACACAGCAUUCAGUUCAACAAUGUCAUGCAGUUAGUAAAUUAGUAGAUGGUGCUGUUAAAUUAUUGGAAGAGUUAGCAGAUAUUUAUACAAAAUUUGAUUGGUCAGAAAGAUUUCAUCUUCGAUUUACUCCCGGAUUAGUUCUACCACAUCAUAUGUACAGUGGCUUGAUUUUUCAGUUGGUCGCACUAGGGGAUUUAUCCCCGAAAUCAGUUGUACCCAGUUCCUCUACUUCCGUCUAUUACCCACGUCAGGUUGAAGUGAAUUCUAAAGUAAAUAUCAAUACAACCGCACCUACAAUGAUGUAUGUUUUAGGACAAGGAGGCGAGUAUAACCAUUUAAUCGCUAAACACUGUGUACAGAAGGAAUUCUGUACUAUUCGGUUACCAAGAAAAAUAUCUAGAUGUAGUUCUACAUCUAAUAAUUUGAAUAUAACUGCAUUGACUAUAGAUAAGUGUCCUUAUGCAAUUGGUUUAAGUUUGGAUAUGGAUAAAUUAGUGUAUUGCUACAUGACUUCUGUCUGCAAGAGCCCCACACAAGUUUCGUAUAAUUUAUCUGAUUGCAUUAUAUUCAAUCCUAAAUGGCGCAUACUACUUGGAUGGGAAUCACGUACUGUUGAAACUCUUCAUGAUUUAUACACUUGCCCAUUUCGUAACCCUACAACUAAUUAUAUUCGUCGAUCUGGUCUAGGAUCUAGUCAACGUUCAUUGAGUGAAUGCGGUACCAAUACCCCGUGCAGUGCUACGAAUCCGACAUCACCUAAUAAUUGUGCAUCUGAUGUCUCAAACUCUCCUAACAAUAUAUCGUUGUCUUACUCCGGUACUUCGGGUACGGUGAAUCCAACUUUAUCAUCGGAAUCAUUUGUAUUAACUCAGAAUGUUCUGAAAUUAGCGUUUCAUUUAGCUCAAAUAUUUUGGAAUUUAAAUUGGACAUGUGAUUUACUAACAAAAGCAGGUUCAGACCUAGUACGUGAAGCUGAAGAUCGAGAAGUAGAAUAUGCUGUCCGGGUUAUUUUAGUUAAAUUAUCCACAUCUGCUGCAGCUAAUCUGCCACUUGAAUCGAAGCAUUUAUCUCUUGUAACCUAUCAAAUAUGGGCAAGACAUAAUGCCACUCCAAUAAGUGGACAGCAUGUCAUGGUUUUUGAAUUACGAAGAUCUGACCCAGAUUCUGUACUGAAUUAUUUUUAUUCACGACUCCCAACAAAUGUACGCCGACCUUCAGUUGACCUUGAUAAAAGUUCUUUGAUCAUGUCUUCAAAGAAUUCUACAGAACUAAUUCAUUAUUCUAAGGAUUUUCUAUCACACCCUAAUCCCGAAAAGACAAUCAUCUAUUGUCCUGGGAUAACGGAAUCCAAUUUACGAAUGCCUGAUCUGACAGAUACAAAAGAAAUGUCUGCAAAUAUAGUUAACACUUUACGUCGUAGUUCUAACAGAUAUAGACAAUAUUCAAAGCAUUCUAAACGUACUUGA